AUGUAUAAAUCCCGAUGGAUGGAGUUGAAGGUUCAUUUUCAGGAGAAUCUUUGGAAAUUGAAUCGAAAUCUGGAAAGUAUCUUGGCAGGUGCUUUUUGCGCUCGUUGUGAAACGCGAGCAUCUGUCAACCCGAUUAUUUCCGAGCCGACCUCCGGCCAACCUGUUCCUUUUGCAAAGGAAAUACUCGCUCUAGAAUGUGCCAUUCGAAAUGACGAGCCUUCGAUACUAGCAACAUCUCUUGCACUCUACCAGGUGAACGAUGCUCUUGCGUCAAAUUCUGAGGCAAUUCUCGACUAUCUUCUGGAGCUCUCAAUAACUCACCACGCUGGAGGUUCAAUUCAGUACUUGUUAUCAAAAGCCUUUCCGGCGAACGGAUUAAUGGCAGACCAUAAUCUCCUGAACCGCAUGAUCACCAGGGUGGGCGAAGAAAACUUGUUUCAUGAUCGCCUGGAACAUAUUCAAAACAGACAGUCUCUUUGUGAGACCUGCCGUGAUGGGACUCGAGAAAGUACGGUUGGUCUCGCUGUUGACCUUGUGAGCCGCGGCCAGAAAAACAUCAUUUUGGCUGUGGAUGAACUUGGCCGCUUGCCGCUUCAUUACAGUGCGUUAUGCGGCCUCGAUACUGUGUGCCAAAAGAUCCUCGAUCAAGUACAAGAUCAAGGACAAGCAUCAAAGCUCAUCCUGUCUUUGGAUUCUCGUGGAUAUACACCAUUCCAUUAUGCGGUGGCUGAGAAUCACAUGGCUGUUGCAAAGAUAUUCUUUAACACCUUGGAGGUUGAAGGUCAAUUGAGUGGGCAGCUCGGCUUCAAGAUCAUGGGUCACAUGCAAAGCCUCCUCAACGUUGCGAUCCGGUAUCAGUUUGACGACAUAGUUGUUCUGCUUGGAAAGUUCCGGCUUUUUUUCCCAUGGGGCCUCGCUCAUGAAGAAAGCCCAAUUUAUGUCGCAGCUGAGAUUGGACGGGAUGAUUAUCUCGGAACCCUACUAGAGGUCGACAACAAGACAAAUAUAGACGAUCCCCAGUUACCUUGCGGUUGGUCUGCUUUAACCAUUGCUUGCAUAAAGGGUCACAGGAAAGCCGCCGAGCUCCUCUUGCAAGCUGGGGCGAGCCAGCACAUACCUGAUUACCGUGGCUGGUAUGCCAUAGAACAUGCAGCCUUGAGGGGUCAUUUUUCCUUGGCGGAACUUCUUAAAUCAUGGGACAAAUCUCAAAUGACUGGCGACCCUGCUAUCAUGCCCUUGCCACCUGUCCAUCACGCGGGGCUUGGCGUUUCUGUCACUUCUGAUCACGCAAUUGUCAAUAUUGGUGUUUUGCAGAGUGGAAAACAGGGGAAGGGCGUCGAUCUCAGGAAUAGUUCCUCAAAGGACAAGAUUCUCACCGGUGUAUUACCACCGCUUGACAUGUCUGUAUCAGUGGGGAGUACCGUUAGCCAACUGAUUCGCUUACCAAUCAUGAGUGAUAUGGUAAACGAACCAUUUAUAUUCCCUAUGCACAAUUCAAACGAAGCCCACCUGGUCUUCAAAUUUUAUCGCCAAGGCUCGUCAUGCGGGAAAGGCGAUCUAAUUGGCAGUGCUGCGACCCUACUUCGGAGUGAAGAAGAUUACUUUGGACCAAACCGCGAAAGCCUUUCCAGGGGACGUACCAUUCCUAUUUUGGCAAAGGAGACUUCUGACUUCCUAGGAACUGUGACGUUUACCUUCUUGAUUGCGAAACAGCCCAUGGACCCGAAAACACCACCACCUAUUGACAAUUACUUCCCAAAGCAAGAAACACAACUUGUUGGUCACAGAGGUAAUGAAACUGGCCGUUAUUGGAGCUAUCUUCAACUUGGAGAGAACACAAUUGAGUCCAUGCUUUCGGCCACAAAACAAGGAGCAUCAUUUGUUGAGUUCGGUAAAACAACAUGA